AUGACGGGCACCCGCCUCGACCAGGGGAUAGAGUGCUCCCUCACUAAAGGCACAGAGCUGAUACAGGAGAUGAAGGGGCCAUUCAAUCCUCAUCACGUUGUCUCCCUCAUUGUGUUCAACAUCAUCAACAAUAUCUGCUUCAGUGUCACAUGCGACGUUCACGACAACUACUUCAAAGAGAUGUUGUACUUUUUGAAUUCCUUCCUGAACAUCGGCAACGGCUUUCUUGAGGACGUAAUCCCCCCUCUCCGUCUCUUCCAUACGCAGAAGCUGAAAACCUUAAUGAAGGACACCGAGAAGUUCUUUGGACGUGCCCUGGGUGGGUGUCAUUUCCCCAGUGUAUCAGACAGGAGUGAUCUCCCUUACACUGACGCUGUGCUUCACGAGAGUAUGCGAUUACACACCGUGGCACCAAGCGGAAUUCCCCACAAAACUCUGUGUGAUACGAAAGUCGGUGGCUAUGACAUUCCCAGAGGAACCACCGUCCUCAUCAACCACUAUGGUCUGCACAGGGACCCAGAACAGUGGCGUGACCCGCAAGUAUACAAUCCAGACCGGUUCCUUGACCAUGAGGGCAAGGUGGCUACCAAACCAGAGAGCUGGCUUCCGUUCUCCGCUGGAAGAAGAGUGUGUCUCAGAGAGAGCGUGGCCAAGCCAGAACUGCAUCUUCUGCUGGCUGGAAUCAUGAGGCAUUUCAAAGUGUCCCUCCCACCUGGAGCUAAGGUGAACCUUGAGCCACGUGGAGGAUCUUUUGUAAACGUACCACACGAUUAUGAACUCAGUUUUGAAUCGAGACUGUAACUCAUAUUACCAUGGGGAGUGAUAUGUGAGGAAAUGGCCUCGAACCUACUGUAAUAUCACAAACAAAUUAUAGUUUUUCUAUGAGAGUAUUGCUUUGCAUGGUAUACAUAUGUAUUCCAGACAUUUAAAUCAGAGUGGAUCGUCUCUAAUGAGUGAAUGCAGUUUUGUGUUGAGGUUUGCAAUAUGCUCCAUGAAAUCGGACAAUCAGAUCCUCAUUAAUCAAGUUUUAAGGGAUCCAUGGCACUUACAAAAAUGAUCCGACCUGUAAAAUAGAUGACCACUCUUUUGUUUAUUAACAGAUAUAUAUUUAGUUUAAUUUUUGACGUUUUAUGACAUUCUACUAAUCACAUGGAUCGGUUGUCCUUUUUGUGCAACUAAUUUAACAUGUAACUGCUGCAGAAUUAUAAGGAAAGGAUCAUUCGAAUGGAACAAAUUAGAUAAACAGGGGCCCCUAUUACCAUGUCCAGAUGACAAUAAAAAUAACAACUGUGUUUCACAUGUGAUGUUGCUGCUCAUUACGAGACGAUGUCAUGUGCAUGGAUGGCCCCAUGAAUGUGGAAAUAUUGACCACUUCGUACAGACUUAAAAAUAGACUUUCAGUGAUCAAUUCCUAUAAUAAUUAACACUAUUUUGCCUUUAAUAACGUAUGGAAUCUGUUUUAGCAGACUUCUUAUUCUUUGGUGUUGACGUUUUUACA